GAAGCAUGGAUUGCAGAUUUGUUUUGGUCGGUCGUUUUCUGGCCUUUCUUCUUCUGUUCGUCCAGUGUGGGUUUCUGACAGCCUUUCCUGUCUGGUAUGAGGAUGAUUUUCGUCUAAUGCCUUUGCUAUUGUUAUUUUCUCCCACUCUGGUUUACUAUGUCUUUUGUUUGGCUACUGCAACAAAACUCCAUAAAGUGUUCCGUACGUGGGGUCUUUACGUUUUUUUCGGUUUGAUCCCUUACAUCGUUAUCAUUUUUGCAUUGUGUGGAGACGUACUCGACAAGAAUAAUUUUCUCAGCCCGACCUGUUUGAAAGUGAUCCUUUGCAUCACCCCUGUUGUCUUUCUCAUUCUGGUGAAUACAGCGAGUGAUUUGGGUGAACAUGAAAAGUAUACAACCCUGGUCUGGUCGCUGUCAAUCGUGACAACAAUAGAUCUAGUCGAUGGCGUCGAGAUGUUGGAUAUUGUGCUCGAGGAGAGAGAGAAUAGUCACGGAAUUCCAAAAGAGUUGGGAUAUGCGAUUGUGGCAGCGGCGUGCGUGAGCUUUCUGUUGACUUUGCUGCAAAUCGCACAGAAUAAACUCAAUAAGGGGACCGUUUCGUCUCGCAAAGGAGUGGCAAUCCUCGCAAAUGUUUUGCAAAUCAUCGUGAAUUUGGCGUUCAUGGUGAUGCGACUGGUGGUGCUUAUAGGGUACAACAAAGAUGAGAACGAGUCCCUCUUCAUCAUGAAGAAUGUGAUCUUCAUCUUUCUCUCAGCGAUGCAGAUCUACUGGAUCCGAAAGAGCUAAUUUGAGUAUGUGAAAUUAACUGAACAGAGAGACGUAUUCGAUUUGAAAUUGCAUCUAAGGAAAGGAAACUGAGACUUUUUAAGGAGGAUGUAUUUCGACGAUUAUCAACAGCCGCUUGAUAAGUUUGAAACUGAAAGUACGAUCACACCUCAUCAUUAAAACAAGAUAUCUCUCGGGUCUUUCAAACCAUCAUCAACUAUUAGUCCAACCUUUUUGACAGAGUCGAAUUUUAGCAAAUAAUAGUUUUUUUUCUGGAAGGAAAACGAAAGUAAAAUGGUUUUAGAAAUUGUAAGCAUUGCCUACCUCGUUCAUGAUCUUUGCACGGUAGUUAUUUUAAUGUUCAAUGUUCAAAGGCGGUAAUGAAACGGAACGAAAUGAAAUAUUGUGAAUAAACUUAAGGAAUGACACUCCGAUUCAGCUGCAGGCGACUGCGCCUUACACACAAUUAAAACAGAAGUAUUGUACAAAAUAGUGCUGACGAGGUAAGAGGGUCUCAUUCAUCAGUUUGGGGCCUGUUUGUAAUACUGCAACAUUUGUGUUUGUGAGAAGAUUUCUCUUUGCGAUGUAUUGUUUAUUUUAAAUGGUUAAGAAUAUAUGAAAGUCAUAUAUUUGAACUGCGGAUAAAGACGUGAAUGAAAGUGAUCCUCGCAGUAAUUUGCACUACUUAGGCAGUAGUGAAAAUAAGGCCUG